AUGGCAAGAGGUUUAUCCAGCAAUGCUAGUGUCAAUCUAGAAAAUGGUACUUCAAAUAACAGGGGCGAUAUCUAUACUUCUAAUUCUACCCAAACCCUAGCUCCAGACGCUUUAACAAAUCAACAAAAUCAACGUUAUAGUGUUGUUGGCCAAAUUUUGCAAUUUCUCUCUCCCGUAAGAAACUUCAUAUUCGCAUUUUAUGGAAUAGCAUUAUUUGCCUUUCUAAUAAUUGUCAUUACUGUAAUUGUGAUUAUUGUUAAGACGACAAAAAAAAUGGAUGCGGAAUUUGAUAGUUUGAAUAAUAUUGCGAUACAACGAAUGGCUAAAAUUGAAAAUGAUAUGCAUGAGAUUAUAGUGUCUGAUUUUCCAAAUGGUGGAUUACACAAUACAAAAUACAUUAGUGAAGAUACGAUUUCAUACAAUUUAGAAACAAGAGGCACAAUAAAUGCUGAUAAUACAUUAGGUAGCAAAGAUAUAUCCAUUCAAUCUAACGAAAUAAAUAAUAAAAUAUUAAACCAGCUGGAGGAAAAAAUUAGCAAGUUUUCGAAAGAUUAUUCAUUAAAAUCUAGGGUUUCAACCUCUAAAAUCAUUAUGCUUAGUGAAAUAGGUGGUAUUUUGAAUGAAGUCGUCAAGAUUGACAAAGAUUUCGACCCUAUAGACGAAGCCAAUAUUAUUGUUAAUUUUAAAUUAUAUGCGAGUGAAUAUAACAGAGUGUUUGACUCGAAUAGUGAUUUUGUAAAUAGGUACAUGAUAUUCAGGAAUAAUUUCAUCGAAAUAAAAACUCAUAACGCAAACCCAAAAAAAACGUACACUAAGGGAAUCAAUGUAUUUUCUGAUCGAAGUGAUUCGGAAAUUAAUAAUAUCCUGAGUAUCAACUUCGCAGACGUUGCUCCUAAUCUUCGCUCACUUGAGGAAAUAAGUACACCGAGAGAAUUUUUGAAGGAAAAAGUAGGUGUAACGGUUGUCGAUGUUAAGGAACGAUUUGAUUGGAGAGACCAAGACGUUAUCUCACCUGUUAGGGCCCAACAAGGUUGCGGUUCUUGCUGGGCCAUAGCAGCAGCUGGUGCCAUUGAUGCAGUUUAUAACAUAAAAAAUAAAGGUUCAAAAAUGAUAACUUCACCACAACAUCUUAUGAACUGCGUAAGUGAUGAAUUUACUUGCCAAACUGGCGGUGUAGUUAGGAUGGCAAUUGAAUACGCCCAAGUUAAGGGUGGCGUUUGUGUCGAGUCCGAUGUACCAUAUGUUGCUGAAAAACAAAAGUGUGAAACUAAGGCAUGUAAACAAUUAGUCACCAUCAGUAAAUACUUCAAAGUGCCAGCCAAUAAAAUGCAGAGUGUGCUUAAGGAUAAAGGGCCCAUAGCAGCUGCCAUGGCAAUAACUAAGGAUUUUUUGCAAUAUGAAAGUGGAGUGUACAAUGGUAGUUGUAAUAAAGUUUUGAAUCAUGCAAUGUUAAUUACUGGAUAUGGUUAUGAUGACAGUGUGAAUAGUAGGUAUUGGAUUUUUAAAAAUUCUUGGGGAUCGAAUUGGGGCAAAGAUGGUUAUGUAUACGUUUCCAGGGAUACCGAACAUAAAGAUAGUUUCUGCCAAAUUAACUUGGCACCUUAUGUCGCUGUAAUGUAG